AUGGAUCUCGUGCUGGGGGAGGAACAUCGCCACGAGGCUGCACUGAGCGCGGCAAGGUACCAGCAGACGCUGCGGCGGUACCACUGCUGCAACAUCCGUUCUAGGACGCUCGAGGCGGUUGACCUCGUCCUGAGGCGGGACACGAAAACACCAGCCGUCCUCGUCCUCGGCACGCUCAAGUGGCAGAUGAUCGCCGGCACCCCGUUCCCGUACCUGAGCUGCUUCGCAGCCAGGUUCCGGCACGACGAGCGCAAGGCCAUCGUCCUGCGCGCCGUCAAGUGCAUCUUCGCCUCCAUCAAAGCGAUGAGGUCGGUGGAGUACCAGUCGUCGACCAUGGCGCUGGUGCCGAUCCUGGUCGCGCGCGGCGGCAGUGAGGGGACGACGGGCCCGAACCUAGAGGAGGAGCUCAAGGCGAUCUUGGGCUCAUCAUGGCAGCAAUUACACACCGGGCAUGUGUAUUCCUGCUACAGCGUGAUGAUUCAAGAGGAGGACAGGUCCGUGCAGUCGAGCAAGGAGGUGGCUUCCUCCGACGUCUCCGCCGCCGCCCCCGCCGGGAGCCCGGGCACCUCCGUCGCCAUGGCUGUGGCCGCCAACGACAAUAAUGCCAUUGCCACCACCUCGGCGGACAAUAAGAGGAGAAGGCUGCAUUUUCCUCAGCGCUAGUAGGCAAUGGGAGGAGCUGGAUGGAUGUUUUGGCUAGAGUUCAGCUCGCACUCCAGCUGCUGCUGAUUUCUGUCACCCCCCUAGCCUUAGACUUUUUUUCAUUAGCUUGAGCACUGAUUUUGGUGGUGGUGGUGGCUAAAUAGGGGGCAGGACUUGAUUCUUGUGAUUGUGCAAUUAUUACAGCUGAUUGGUAAGUUAGGAUCGGAAAGAUUUUGGUUUUCA